AUGGGCCGAAACACAUAACCGCGUUGCGGCGUCGCGCCGCUAAAAUUGGCAGUAACGUCAACGCUGAUUUUAGUGGCGCGGUGCCGCACGGCGGCGCAUAUUUCACCGCGUUGCGGCACCGCAACGCUAAAAUCGGCAGUUUGCGUUGUGGCGUCGCGAAAAAGAGCGUUUUAUUAUCUGGUAGGGUAACCAGUUCCUCGUGGGUUUUGAUUGUGGAUAGACGUGUCUGUCUGCCAUGGAGCGUCGUAAGAAACUUAUUGCUUAUUUGUUAUUAAGAAGACAUUACUCUGUUUUAAAUAAACGACAACGAAGAUACUGGAUACAUCCAUUUAACAAGGCUAUAAAUCCCGAUGGCGAGUACUUUUGUCGAAAAUACGAAGCAUUAAAGAUAGACGAAAAAAAGUUUUUCGCCUACUUUAGAAUGAGUGUAUCAUCAUUUGAAGAGCUAUUAAGCGGGUUAUCAGAAUAUAUACAGAAUAAAAAUAUUAAAGGAAGAAAAGCUGUUACUGCUUUGGAAAUGCUGGGCUUGACAGUAAGAUUUCUAGCAACCGGCAGUGACUUCAAAAUCAUGCAUAAAAAUUACUACCGAGGAGCAAGUACAAUAUCGAAAAUUGUGAGGACUGUUUGUCGCGCCAUAUGGAAACAUCUAUCCAGUCAAAAUAUACCUCCUAUAACGAAACAGCUUCUAGAAGAUGUCGCUAUUGAGUUUGACAAGAAAGCGAAUUUUCCUAACUGCAUAGGAGCUCUCGAUGGUAAACAUGUCCGUAUUUGGUGUCCUGCGCGCAGUGGAUCACUAUUUUACAAUUACAAGGGCUAUAAUUCAAUAGUUUUAUUAGCUCUUGUCGAUUCAAGAUAUAGAUUCAUUUUUGUCGAUAUAGGAGCAUAUGGGAAGGAAUGUGACUCCACCGUUUUCCAGAACUCGAAACUUUAUGAUUUGAUUAUGACACAUAAACUACUUAUUCCAGCACCAAAGCCCUUACCAGGUAAUCAAAAUGCAACUCCAUUUGUUUUUGUGGCAGAUGAAGCAUUCGCAAUCUCGAAUAACGUCAUGCGCCCUUACUCAGGGAAGCAUUUGUCGGUACAACAAAGAAUAUUCAAUUAUCGGUUGAGUCGUGCCCGAAGAUAUGUGGAGUGCGCUUUCGGCAUCCUAGCCAAUAAAUGGCGCAUAUUACACCGAGCUAUGAAUGUGCAAUAUGAAUUUGCUACAGACAUUAUUAAGGCAUGUUGUGUACUACACAACUUUGUUUUGAAUCGAGAUGGAGUACAAGCGGCUGAUGAGAUUAUCAUUAAUGAUUCUGAUGUUCAAAUGUUACAUUCGCCGACAACUAAUGAAAGUAGUAUGAGCCCACAUUUAAUAAGAAAUACAUAUUGUAAUUACUUUUCUAGUGAUGUGGGUACCCUUAGUUGGCAAUUAAAAAAAAUUUGAACCUUCCUAUUCUCAUUUAAAAAAUAAAUAAUACUGAUAUGUCCGAGCAAUGAAACACCGAUUUGGACUGUCAUGGCGUUUAUUGUUAAGAAUGUCGGUACCGCUGUAUUUGUAAGCUACCUACAUACAUAACAAAUACUUUAUUUCAUUCAGUGUAUUGUAAACUGCGAACAAACAAUUUAAAUAAACAAUUUAAACAGCCCUUUUC